GCCUCUUUCCCAGGAAACCUGCAACUAGUCCUUGUUCUGCGCCCAACAGGAUUUUUUCAUCGAGCUCUCUCGGACAUUGCUUUCAAGAUCAACCAACAUGAGUGUAAAAUGAAAGUACCUAUCAUAAUGCUGGGCUCAGUGUCAGAACUGCAGAGUUACAUUGAUAAAACACAGUUAACAGAAGAUCUUGGUGGCACCCUGGAUUACUGCCAUAACAGAUGGCUGUCCAAUCGCACUGCUAUAGAAAGUUUCGCCCAAAAGGUUAAGCAAACAGCUCAGAUUCUCCAGUCCUUUGGGACUGAGCUGGCUGAAACAGAACUACCAAAUGAUGUGCAAUCAACCAGCUCCCUCCUUGCAAUGCACACGGAAAAGAAGGACAAAAUGAAGGAGGAUAUCAGGUUAGCAGUAGAACAGGGAGAUGAUAUCCUUGGAAGUAUCACGAAACCAGUUACUGAGAAUCCUGAAUACAAACUGAAUCAAGAUCAGCUAGACAAUCAAACAACUGUAGAAAGACUUCUGGCUCAGUUACAUGAAACAGAGACUGCCUUUGAUGAGUUUUGGAUUAAGCAUCAGCAAAAACUUGAGCAGUGUCUGCGCCUUCGGAAUUUUGAGCAGAAUUUCAGAGAGGUCAAAGCAGCUUUGGAUAUUGUGUCCGAGAGACUGUCUGCUUUCACAGGUGUGGGAAACAGCUGUUCACAUGUGGAGCACAUUUUGAAAGAUCUCACCAGCUUCGAAGAAAAAUCAUGCGAAACUAUAGCAAAAGCCAGACUGCUAGCCUCAGAGGGUGAUGCUUUUAUUCAAAGUAAUCAUUAUGCAGUGGACUCCAUUAUUCCAAAAUGCAGUGAACUUCAUUAUCUCUGUGAUGCCUUUACUACUGAGACAGAACGGAGGAGGAAUCUUCUUAACAAAUCUCUAGAACUGCAUGGCUUGCUGGAAAAGUCUAUGAAGUGGUGCGAUGAAGGAAUUUGUCUGCUGGCUUUGCAGCCGGUAGAUAAGUGUCAGUCUCAGGAUGGUGCAGAAUCAGCAUUACAGGAGAUUGAGAAAUUCCUGGACACUGGUGUGGGCAAUAAAAUCAAGGAGUUGAAUAAAAUUUACAGAGAGUAUGGACACAUCCUCAACGAGGAUCUUAAG